GCGGGGGUGGGCCCCGGCGAGGGAGGGGCGCGCGGCCGGCGGCGGCGGAGGCGGCUCCAGCAGCGUCGCCGGCGGCCGCGGCAGAAGCGCCCUGGCCCGCGGCAGGAAGAAGAAAAGAAAAAGAAGAAACCUUUAGCCCACGAAGACUGCGAAGACAAUCUGGAAUAGCAGUACCCUCUGUGUUGCUUGCUGCCUGACACCUUCUGCCCAGCAUCUGAAAUGAACCUCGCUCAUCCACUGCUCCUUCUGGUCUAGACCCGGGCGCUCUGGAUUCCGUCGACUCGCGGCUGAGGAGAGAGACUGGUCUUGCUUGUCAUCACCAGCGCACGCACCAGUGUGAUGGUGAAAUGCGAUGAGGCUCCGAAAUGGAACUGUGGCCACUGCGGUAGUGUUCGUCACCUCUUUCCUCACUCUGUCCUGGUACACGACAUGGCAAAACGGGAAAGAAAAACUAAUUGCUUAUCAGCGAGAAUUUCUUGCUCUAAAAGAACGCCUUCGAAUAGCUGAACAUAGGAUAUCUCAGCGUUCUUCUGAGCUAAACACCAUUGUCCAGCAGUUUCGCCGAGUGGGAGCAGAAACAAACGGAAGCAAGGCUGCCCUGAGUACAUUUUCAGAUGACACCAUAAAGCUUCUGAAAGAGUUGACAAGCAAAAAAUCCCUUCAAGUGCCAAGUAUUUACUAUCAUUUGCCUCAUUUAUUGCAAAAUGAAAGAAGCCUUCAGCCCGCCGUACAGAUUAGCAGCGGAAGAACGGGAGUUUCAGUAGUCAUGGGGAUUCCUACCGUGAAGAGAGAAGUUAAAUCUUACCUCGUAGAGACGCUACAUUCCCUUAUUGACAAUCUAUAUCCUGAAGAGAAGUUGGACUGUGUGAUAGUGGUCUUCAUAGGAGAGACAGAUCUUGAUUAUGUCCACAGCGUUGUAGCCAACCUGGAGAAAGAGUUUUCUAAAGAAAUCAGCUCCGGCCUGCUGGAGGUAAUCUCCCCUCCUGAAAGCUAUUACCCCGACUUGACAAACCUGAAGGAGACCUUCGGGGACUCAAAGGAGAGAGUAAGAUGGAGAACCAAGCAGAACCUGGAUUAUUGUUUUCUAAUGAUGUAUGCUCAGGACAAGGGCAUCUAUUAUAUUCAGCUUGAAGAUGAUAUUAUUGUCAAACAAAACUAUUUCAAUACCAUAAAAAACUUUGCACUUCAACUUUCUUCUGAGGAGUGGAUGAUUCUGGAGUUUUCCCAGCUUGGCUUCAUUGGAAAGAUGUUCCAGGCGCCAGACCUCACCCUGGUGGUGGAGUUCAUCUUCAUGUUCUACAAGGAGAAGCCCAUUGACUGGCUCCUGGACCACAUUCUCUGGGUGAAGGUCUGCAACCCUGAAAAAGACGCUAAGCACUGCGACCGACAGAAGGCAAAUCUGCGCAUCCGCUUCCGGCCUUCCCUCUUCCAGCACGUGGGUCUGCACUCCUCACUGUCGGGGAAAAUCCAGAAGCUCACGGAUAAAGAUUACAUGAAACCGUUGCUUCUCAAGAUCCACGUGAACCCACCUGCAGAGGUGUCCACCUCCCUCAAGGUGUACCAAGGGCACACGCUGGAGAAGACCUACAUGGGCGAGGACUUCUUCUGGGCCAUCACCCCCACCGCUGGAGACUACAUCUUGUUUAAGUUCGACAAACCGGUCAACGUAGAAAGUUAUUUGUUCCACAGCGGCAAUCAAGAACACCCAGGAGACAUCCUGGUGAACACAACUGUGGAGGUUCUGCCUCUCAAGAGCGACAGUCUGGAAAUCAGCAAAGAAACCAAAGACAAACGAUUGCAAGAUGGCUAUUUCAGAAUAGGAAAAUUUGAGUAUGGCGUUGCAGAGGGAAUGGUGGACCCUGGCCUAAACCCCAUAUCAGCCUUUCGACUUUCGGUUAUUCAGAACUCUGCCGUUUGGGCCAUUCUUAAUGAGAUUCAUAUUAAAAAAGCCACCAAUUGACCUGCUAAGAAACCAACGCAUCCUUUUCUGUGACUCGAUUAAAAAUAGUUAGCACGGCCUCUUCUGUUUGGACUUGAACACUACCUCUCGUGAAGCCUACUGUAGAUGAGAUGAUUGUCAUUUCCGCUCAGACAGGGACUCCUCCCAUGGAUAACUGAUUCAUUUGAAACUAGGCUGUCCUCCAAUUUGAACUUGACACAAGCAUUUUACAAUUCAGACAGCCUGUUAGCGUGACUGGGACUAUUUUGGUAUUAUACUAAUACACAAGAGUUGUACAUAUUGUUACAUUCCUUAAAAUUUGAGAAAACUAAUGUUAAAUACAUUUUGUGAAGGGGGUACUUUUGAAGUUCAUUUAUUUUACUAUUAUAGGCCCUCUUUUAUAGACGAUCAGGGAUAUUAUAUAUAUAUAAAUAUAUAAAUACACAUAAAGAUGUUAUGGAGUUAAUUUAUUAGAAACACUUAAGAAGUACAUAUUUUUGUGCAGUAAAGUUUUGGAUCAAUACCUUUUUUUGAAGAAGCGGUUCCCUGGCUUUUUUAAGUUCUUUCUAUAUUUUUAUUUGGAGAUGCAGACAUUAUAGAUCAACACCAUUUUUUCCAGUGCACUGCCAUUCCGGAUUGGUUCUAGAUGGGUUUCUUAACUUGAAGUACUUUUAUAAUCACAGCAAUUCUGAACAAAAUAUUUUCAGAGGCAUUUGUCAAUCCUAAAGCCAAGAUUUGAAAAGACCAAUGUCCUCUUGAGGGUUGCUUUACUGUACUGUGUAUGGUGUGUAGCCACAGAAAACCGGUGUGACCGUCAGAGUCCAGGUGGGAGGCCCCUGCCGGCGUCUCCACACAGAGCCCUUCAGGUUUCCUCUGUGAGGGGAUGAGACUCCUUUCCUUUUUAAUCUGUCUUUAAUCAGUAGUUAGCACUUUGUCUCCCUUCUCGCUGUUGUUAGGUUUUGGAGUUCAGUGUUUUCUUGGUAAUGCUGUUGUGUGAAUCAUGAUGGGUAUAAUUUUACAACUGAAACUGUAAUGCGGGGCUCUGGGGCAGGACCGCUGCAGGGCUUGUCCGCUUGCUCCGCCGUCGCGAGCUUGGAGGUAAACGUGUCCACAGAGUGCUCACGCCGCCGGCUCAGCGGCAGGGGCCGCUUAGCACCAGUCGGCGAAAGUGCUUUCACUCCCACAGGAGUUGCCAGCCUUGUCUGGCCAUCCAGGGGCUGCAUGGUCAGCGGAUGUGGAGGCCUGGGGCUGUGGGCAGGCCUAGCCGUGGCCGCAGCCUGUGGGACACACAGCAAGCACUCAACAGCCAUUUUGCAUGUUCUGACUGGGAAACCGUAGAAAAACACUACUGUGCCGAAAGUCAAAACCCAGCUGAAGUUUUUCUUGGUGUCUUGUAAAUUUCUCUCUCAUUUCCUUCAACACUUGGCAUCUGGUUGAGCCAGUUUGCUAGCUGCUCAUGUUUCCCUCCUGGCUUUGUUUGCCUGCCCUCCUUGGCACGCGUGGGCGCGCAUACUCAGCGCCUCGUUUUCGUUAGUGGCAGUGCUUGGUGUCCGACACGCUGUGAGCCCUGGAGGCCAGCACGCAGUCUUCCACCGCAGCAGGGGCCAUGCGACCCCGCAGUGUCGGUUGCUCUCCACCUUGUGCCCAGGACAGCGCUAGACAAUUGGAAGCAGAUGUGCUUGUCCCAAGCAGGAAGUGUUCCCGGCAGCGCUGGGGGUUGGUGAGGGUGAGGGGCGCAGGAGGUGGGGCCGGAGUGCUCAGAACGGCAAGGUGUGCUCACGGAACCUUGGAGGCUGCCGGCCGCUUCCCCGCAAGUAGCGAAUGGAAAAAAGUGCCGAGUGCAGUACUAACUGUAUCUAGAAAAUAGGUCGUGGUUGGCAUCUGGUGGGUAUUUCAGAUAAACCAGACUCUGAGCAGUGCCAGCCUCAGCAGAAGCCACAAAACGCAUCUAUUGAAAUGAAGUGAAAAGUUGUGUGCCCAUGUUAGCAGUCUUCCGGAUGCUCGGCAGGCACCAUGCUGGCUCCCAGAAGGAUGGGACAUUAGUUCUGCUGGGCAGCAUGGUGUCCAGGGUAUAAACACGAGCAUUCUAGAAAGGAGGAACAGUGCGGCCUGCUGCUGUGGUUGAGAGCAGAUCUGUGGCUUCAGUGUGGUGCAGGUGAAGGUGUGUGUUUUGGUGAGGGGCCAAGAUUGCUUGGCCUGUAUGUUAGUGUUAUUCUUCCCAGCAUGCAUUGCAACAGUGUCCUCAAGAGGUCUGUUUGAUUGAAAAGCAUGAGAAAGAGUGAAUGCAAAUGGAUGACUUCGCUUGUAGGCUAGAUGUGUGUCCAUCCAUUAGGGUGUGUUUGAACAAAGGUCCCUGUGGCUUUUGAAGGCAUUGGUUACAUGUGAAGUAAUAGGUUUGCUUAUUUCAAAAGCUGUCGGGAAAGUUGGAGACUAGAGUUCUUUUUAGUCGUCCAUAAUCAUGGGAACUGAAGUUCCUGACAGCGCUGUCCCUCAAGGAAAAGUGUGGCUAUAUAGAAGUGUGCUCAGGAAGGUGCUUCCAGUUCGUAGUGAGCAUUUGUGGCGUGCAGGAGUGUCUUGAGAACGGUGGCUGUGAUCUACGAUCAUGUCUUACUACCUAACGAGUGGGAGAUUUGUAGGUGACUGGCCCAAUCUUGUGAGCCAGGGCAGGCUGGUGGAAGUUCAGGCGGCGGCAGCAGCACUCUGAACAGCACUGCUGGCUGAAGGGUCAGGGGCCCCCCGGGAAGGGCUGCAGGUGGCCCGGCCCACGGAGGGGAGGCUGUUAGCAGCUGCAGUCCUCUUUGCCACAAGGACAGCAUCACCCCACACUUAGCCAGGCUUGGAGACUGACAUCUUUGGAUGGGCGCCCAGCACCUUCACUGCACCUUUGUAAGCGGGCCCCUGGCCAGACUUCUGAUGCGCAGCAGUGACAUGACAGAUGGGUGGUCCUGAAAGAGGCCAGCCCUGCAGUUUCCUAACAAGCAACAAAGAGUCCAGUCAGGCCUGAGCGGUCUCCAGGCUGGCUUGCCUGCAUGUUUGUUUGUUUUAAGACAGGGUCUCCCCUUGCACCCCAGGUUGGCCUUGAACUGUCUGUUCUCCCAGUUCUGCCUCAAGUGUUGAUGGAUGUCACCAUGUCCAGCUUGUUGACAAUUUUAUCAACCCGUCUCCACUGUAAGUCAGACUUGCUUUAUUUUUGUUCUGUAAAACACCCAUCAGGAUGUGGGGGUACAGGCACCUUUUUCUCCUAGAUGAGGCUAAAUUCUACCGACUUAAGAGCCUGCCAGAAGUACUUGCAAGGAUAACAGUGGUAUUUUAGGUCAGAUUGGAAAGAACCUCCUGCCUUUAUGUGCACCUGCAAGCGUGUCCAGCCUUCUGACAGUGUGGCGUGGCGCUGUCAUUCUCGAGAGCCACACAAUCCGGUUACGUGAAAAACGUUAAGAAGCGUUUAGUGAGUUUACAGUUUGCAUUGUGCCAUUCACUGCUCUCCUGGGCCACAGGCAGAACAGGCCUGCUGGAGCGUAGGCUGUGGCAGGCCUCCGUUCUGUAACCACUCAGUUGAGUACUAGCUCAACAGCUAGUUCACAGCUCAGACCCCGUGUGCACCAACCAAGCUUGUGUAUUUAGAUGUUUUCCACAAUACCUCUGCUUCGAACCCAUUAAUUGAUAAUCAAGUUUGUUCACUUUUUUUUUUUUUUUUUUUUUUAAAGCAUACUGACAUAGCCUUGAAGGAAAACAACUGAAGAGAAGGAAUUUGGAGGUUAAACACCAUCAGGUCCCACAGCAUUCUGUUGUCCUCAUCUUCAUAGAGUAAGGGAUCUCCAGUCCCGGGGCAAUACUUUCUACAAAGGGCAUUCCUGAGCUAUGUAGCAACACUUAGAGCUUGUUAAAUUUACACUUUGAUAGUUGUGAGGAUUUAAAUGAUUAAUCUUAACAGAUAUAAGCUAUGCUCAUUUAUAUGCUCAGUUUAAUGCAUGUGAACAUAAAAUUCCUAAAAAGAUGACCAGUCUUUUACAAAGAGAAGAAACAAAACAAAGAAACCAACCACGUUACCCGUGCCCCUGUACCUUCAGUAGCUGAAUGAGCUUUGUUUCUGAAACGCUCCCCUUUCCAGUUUUUGCACUACCUAAAAAAGCACGUGUGAGGGCAGGCAGCAGCGGCACGACACCCUGUGUGGACAGCAGCAGACAGUGACCUGAGCAGGGAAGGCCAACAUUGCGCAGGUGGACGCAGGCAGCAGGACUCCAGCUGCUCAGACCUCGCUGGUUUGUUGAGGGGACAGGUAAAUGCUGUGGGUGCUGAGGACGCUGCUUCCUACAGCUGCUCCAAGUACUGGUGAACUAGUCAUUGGCCCUUGGCCCCAGAAAGAAAGGGUAGAGUCUUUAUAGCUUGCUUAGCAUUCCAUUCUUUACUGGAAAUGCUCGGCUAGGUAAAACCACCCGCAGCGCAUUCUGAGCCUUAUGAGGGGCUGCUGGGACAGUACGGCCCAGUGCUGCCGGCAGGUUCUUCUCAGCGUAGUCAAGAGUCCACUAAGCCUCACGUCUCCUCAGCUGGAGCGCUCUCAGAAGGCCGCCUUUGCAUGGGGAGGUCUCUUUGCUAGGUUGUACCAGGUUGUUUUUUUUUUCUUCUGUACAUACUUUGCUCACAGUGUCUUCAUGGGCUGAAAAGUUAAUAGCUGCAGUAAUAUUGAGGUACCUGUUGGAUUUUUAAAGGCAGAUUAUUUAUUUUCAAGUUUGCUGCUAUAAUUGAAACCGAAUAAUGUCCUGUCGACUGUGCCUUUCAUAACUGUCUCUGUGCUACAACUGUCCAUGUGUAUUUGAAAUAAAGAAAUUUGAAAAGCCAUGUUGAAUCAAGAUUCCUUCUAAUAAAAAUGGCUCAAACCGAA